AAUCCCAGCCUGGCUCUCCCAAACAAAAGGGAUCUUGCGGCCCCAGGAGGAGCCGGGAUGACUUUGGAGAAGCCCCGCCUUCAGGCGGCGAGGAUUGGUUUCAGAGCCGCAAGGGUAAAGCUAUGAUUGGCGAGGGUAUCUGCCUGUCACUGCCGCCGGCGGUGUUGGACACUUUCCCACCAUGCCGACAACAGUUUAAAUAUCUGUCAGCUUUCUAAAAGUUUAACUGAAGGAAACCUCUAAGACUUCGUACCUGAGGACCAAAGUGCAGCCACCAAUUAUCAGACUUUCAGGAUGAAUCUGGAAAAACUCAGCAAGCCUGAACUCCUGACACUGUUCAGUAUCCUUGAAGGAGAACUUGAAGCAAGAGACCUUGUUAUAGAAGCUUUAAAGGCCCAACACAGAGAUACUUUCAUUGAAGAACGCUAUGGAAAAUAUAACAUCAGUGACCCUCUAAUGGCUCUUCAGAGAGAUUUUGAAACACUGAAGGAGAAAAAUGAUAGUGAGAAGCAGCCAGUGUGCACAAACCCCCUCUCUGUCCUCAAGGCGGUGAUGAAGCAGUGCAAGAACAUGCAGGAGCGCAUGCUGUCCCAGCUGGCCGCAGCCGAGAGCAGGCACCGCAAGGUGAUCCUCGACCUUGAAGAAGAAAGACAGAGGCAUGCACAGGACACUGCUGAAGGAGAUGAUGUCACCUACAUGCUGGAGAAGGAGAGGGAGAGACUGACGCAGCAGUUGGAAUUUGAAAAGUCCCAAGUGAAAAAGUUUGAAAAAGAACAAAAGAAGCUGUCCAGUCAGUUGGAGGAGGAGCGCACCCGCCACAAGCAGCUCUCUUCCAUGCUGGUGCUCGAGUGCAGGAAGGCCACUAGCAAGGCAGCCGAGGAAGGGCAGAAGGCCGGAGAGCUGAGCCUGAAACUGGACAAGGAGAAGAGCCGGGCGAGCAAGCUAGAGGAAGAGUUGGCAGCCGAGAGGAAGCGGGGCCUGCAGACGGAGGCCCAGGUGGAGAAGCAGCUGUCUGAGUUCGAUAUCGAAAGGGAGCAGCUGAGAGCCAAACUGAACCGAGAGGAGAACCGGACCCGUGCCCUGAAGGAGGAGGUGGAGAGCCUGAAGAAGCUUGUGAAAGACCUAGAGGCUGCCCAGCAGCACCGCAGCACCAGUGAGCAGGGCAGGGAGCCAGUGACCAUGUCCAGAGGCACAGCCACGGAGCCUCCCAUGCGAGUGUCUGCGUUUUGUCAAACAGAGAGUGUUCAGACAGAAAGAAGCCACGGGAGUGUCAUAACCAAGCUGACAGACACUGGUCUUCCAGGUCCCACCACGGCUGCUUACUCAUAUGCUAAAGCUAAUGGCCACUGUGACCCAGAGAUACAGACUACCAGGGAGUUGACCUCAGACAGCAGCACAGAAAACCAAGGGCCUCCACGGGAGAAAUCUGCAGUAGCGGCUCAGGAGAAACCAGUGGAGAAUGGUGGGUGUCCUGUAGGAACUGAGACUCCAGUCACGAUGCCUAGUCACCUCCCUUCCAGUGGCAGCUCCCUGUCUCCCAGCAGCACAGCCUCUUCCUCUCUGACAUCAUCUCCUUGCUCCUCCCCAGUUCUAACCAAGCGUCUCUUGGGGUCAGCAGCCAGCAGCCCGGGCUACCAGUCUUCCUACCAAGUCGGGAUCAACCAGCGCUUCCAUGCCGCUCGGCACAAAUUUCAGUCCCAGGCGGAUCAGGAUCAGCAAGCCAGCGGUCUCCAGAGCCCUCCAUCCAGGGACCUGUCCCCUACCCUGUUAGACAACUCUGCUGCCAAGCAGCUGGCCCGAAACACAGUCACUCAGGUGCUCUCCAGAUUCACUAACCAAGGGCCAAUUAAGCCCGUCUCUCCCAACAGUUCUCCCUUUGGGACAGACUACCGAAAUCUGGCCAGCACUGCCAGCCCAAGAGGUGACACCAGCCAUUCACCCACUCCAGGGAAAGUGUCCAGCCCUCUGAGCCCCCUCUCUCCAGGAAUCAAGUCCCCAACCAUCCCCAGAGCUGAGAGAGGAAACCCUCCACCAAUCCCGCCCAAAAAGCCUGGCCUCACCCCUUCGCAGUCUGCCACCACUCCAGUAACCAAGACUCAUUCCCAGGCAUCCUCCCUGGCCGCCACAGAAGACCUCGCCAGCAGCUGCUCCCCCAGUGCCGUGGUGGCCAAUGGCAAAGAUGUUGAGAUACUUUUGCCUACCAGCAGCUAGUCCCUAGGGCUGAGUCUCCACAUUUGACAUUCCAUCAGACUCGGGCCAAGAGCUCAGCGUUAAACCCUGGAGUCAAAUCAUGUUAUUUAUUUGAUAGUAGCUACAGCCAUCUGUAUAAUACAUUCAGUGUAUUUACCUUUUUGUAUUUUUUUAAGUAGAAAUUGAAUACUUUGGAUUUUUAUGACUCACCUCUUUGUACUAAGCUAGAAGGGGACCUCAUAGACAUAGCGCAUCUCAAGCUCUGCACUUGCCAGCGUGCUGCGACGAGGCGGCUGACUGGGGACCAGGCGGUGCUGCUGCCAGUCGGGGAGCUAGAAUUCAUUACUCAGCACUCAUUUCAAAUUAUGCAGAAGCGGUUCGUGCAGAUUUUUAUUCCAGAUGAACAUGUUUUAAAAGUGCCUGAAAUCGCCUGCCACGGGAAUGUGAUUCUGCGGCAGAAACAAAAGACAGAGCAUUUCUUGCAGCAAAUGAGAUCCUCUGUGAAUCUGAAUGUCAAAAAACCAACACUGCUUUUAAUCCUCUCUGACUGUUUAAUGCCAGCUUUGUGUUCUGAACCGAGGUUUGCAUAAGUAGAGUGGAAAUCCUUCUGAAGGGCGGGAACUCUGUCAGGCUGAGCUCUGUAAAGCCCUCAAGAAACCCUCCAGAACACUUAGCAGUUGGGGUGCUGAUUUUCUUGUGCUUUUGAAAACUUAAGUCAUUCUCCGUUUCCUGCAUCACUUCUUGAGUAGUGAAGUCACGUCUCCAUUCAAAUCCACCCUCAAGCAUCGGCCAUGGGAACUUCUGAUUCUGGUUGCUUUUACUUGAAUAGGAAAUGACAUAAUGAACUCUUUAUUCUGUGAUCAAAAAGCAAUAACUUAAAAGUCAGUCUUUGUAAUACUGUAAGUCAGAAUUAUACAGAUUUUACCAAAUUGUUACAUUCACUCUCCAUGCUGCCAGCACUUCUAUCUAUGGAACCAAAUGGGCGUAUAUCUGUAUCUGUAUAGUACACACCCCUUUUACAUGUUCAGCAUUCUCACACUCAAGCACAUAAGUAUUAGUGCAAUUGUAUCUCUGGAGCUUGCAGUGUAGCAUAAAGGACAAAGUAGAAUCAAUCGCAUGUUAAGAUUACCUACCAAAGCAAUUAGAUGUGACUUGGAGCCAGUCAGUCAACAAAGAAAUCCAUUUGACAAGGAAGUGGACAAUCCCAAACUAAGCUCACAUCAUCAGCAUCAUAGGAAAGCCCAUUAAAUCGUCCUAGUGCCACAGAACUCAGCUAGCCAUGUGAGUGAGUGAGACAGCACAGCCCCUCAAGUGCUAUCCACUCAGCCAUAGCAUCCUAGCCCCGUGUAAUGGGGCCACCCCUUUGAGCCCCAGCUCCUGUCAUGCAAAAAUUGCAGAUGGAGGUUACCAAUUCUCUAAACGUUCAUGGAAUUGAGAUUCCCACAAGAAGAUUCUCAUUCUGAUUUUAAAUGUUUUUUAAAUGCUGCUGAUUAGACAAACAUGGCUGCAAAUGACUUUAGCUUGCAGGCUACCAAGCUGCAGCCUCUCCCUCCCUAGAACCUGUGCUGUUUCCCUUGUAGUGAGUUUGUACAGACAGAAACCCCCAGGCUUCUCCACUGUGUCAGCUACAUCUGACCAAGUCCACAGAGCAGGACAGCCUUGCUCUUGGCAAGCAGAACCCCCGACACACCAGCUCAGGACACUGGUUACACAGUUUUUUAUCCAGAGUAAGAGAGAGGAAGGCCUUGGUGUCUUUACAUAAAUUGUUCUGGCCAGCAUCUACCCAGAAGCCCCUGGCCUACUGUAACCGUUUAUUGGGAAGGAGAAUGGGUGAUCAUUGGAAACACCUGAUCAUGUUUGCAAAACCAAAGGAUUCAGUGGGCCCAUUCAGAUGAGUCACAAGGAAUUAGAAAUUGAUUUUCUUCUUGAACCACAGAGCUGAAAACAAAAAGUCUCCCUAAUAAUUUAGCUAAUAGCUCUUAGUUAUAUUUUUAUUAACCCUUUGAGUCAGUGGGCAAGAGGCAGGUGAUUAAAAUCUUGGUGGGCAAGUCAACAACAGGGUAUACUGUUGACUCUCCAGCUUACAGUUUAAAUGGUUAAGGUAAAUGCAUGACACAUGAAAGUGUGGCUGGUGUCUGCUGAAAUGAUGGAGACAUGUGAAACUGUCCCGAGCGAUCCUGCAUGGAAUUUACUCCUAUUGCGGAGCCAAAAUAGACCAGUGAUGAUCAAACGCUGAACCUUCUCCUCAGGAGAGACUGCAGGGCCUCAGUGUUCUUACCUCUCUUGCUUUAAAUGGUAAUCUUAAAAGCUGUGUUGUGCUCUUCCUCUGUUUGGAGACAGAUAUAUAUAGAGAAAGAGAAAUGCUAUAGGGGAGUUUAUUUCUUGGGGGGGAUGCACUGAACAAUAUUUCUUUUACAGUAUAAUACAGGGGUGGGAUAUGCAAAAGAAAUGUGUAUUUUUGCUAGUUCCUAUCUUCUGAGAUAAUAAGCACAAUCCUGAAAUGGAUCCAAUAAUUCAGCUAGAUAUUAUAGAUUAGUAUUUCAGUUUGCAGUAGAUUGUGAGUGUGUGCGCUAAGUAAAAGUUCCAUGAUUCACAAUUUGGGUAUUAACCAUAUCAAAGAAGCUGUUACUGGUCAGCAGAAUCUAAUGAUGUGCUCGGUGUAACACAAGCGUUAACUAAGUCAUUAACAUUUGUAAGGCCAAGUGCAGAAGUCUUCAUUUUUAUAGUAGACUACAUUAAAACAAGUUAAAUCAUAA